CAAUGAGCCGGCGGCGUGUCUCCGUGAGAGACCUGGGUCUGACGGACUGUCAGGGCUGGCUGCUCCGCAGGAAGGAGGCGCGCAGCUUCCUGGGAGCCAGGUGGAAGAGAUACUGGUUCGUCCUGAAGAAGAGCUCGCUCUACUGGUACUCCAACAAGAUGGCGGAGAAAGCCGAAGGGUUCAUCUGCCUGCCCGGCUUCACCAUCCAAAAGGCCCAACAGUGCAAGAAGAAACAUUCCAUAACAGCCAGCCAUCCUCUGGUUGUGACCAUCUUCAUCGCUGCAGAGAGCUUCACAGACAUGAACAAGUGA